UUUACCCGCCAAAAUCAGCCGCAAAAGUGCAAAACCCUCCUCCCUUUGCGAAAAUCCCAUUUCCGAGACAGAGCGAAAAGAGUGUAAGGAAGAAUAAAACUGUAAAGCCAGAAACAAAGAAAAAAAAAAGGGGCGGCAAAAUGAGUGGGCAAACUCGAAAGAUGAUACAGAAGAAGUUGAAGAUCAGAGGAUACAGCCUGAAGAUGGAUGGCCUUGAGGAGAUUCUUUCCUUUGUUGAUCGCUUCCAAGAUGCCCAAGAUGAAGCCAUCGAUCUGCUACUCGAUCAGCUCGAUCAUGAAUCCCUGAAAUCUUCCAUAAUUGACAAGGGGGCGGUGCAUCGAGUAAUCAGUCUUCUACUGGAAGCAGAAGCAGCCGAGGAGGAAUGCCCUACUUCUUCAACCUCUCUUUCCCAUUCUUCUAUUCGCGUUGUUGAUGCCUUUCUCGUCCCCAAAUUUCGAUACGAUCCCAUCAAGAAGCAUUUCUUUCAACAUGCUGGUAGUCUACCGAUCCAUGGGGAUGCCUCUGCGAAAUCAGCUCUGUAUAGGGAUAGGUUUCUUUUAUUGUUCCAAAGGGUUUCUCGUGAUCAACAUUUUAUUAAACCCGCAUUUGAUACUGAUGAAACCUCUCAAAGUUGUCAGCUAUCUCCAAUACAGUCUCUGGUUGGGCAAAGAGGGAAAAGAUGGGUGAUGGGUGUCAUCUCGCAGUUGGAGGAUGGACAUUUUUACUUGGAAGACCUUACCGCUGCAGUUGAAAUUGACUUCUCUAAGGCAAAAAUAACUACAGGAUUUUUUAUGGAGAACACCGUCAUUGUAGCUGAGGGUGAAAUGCUUUCUGAGGGUAUUUUUCAGGUAAUUACAUGUGGGUUUCCUCCCUUAGAGGACAGAGAUAAAUCAUUCAAAAUACUUGCUGGGCAUGACUUCUUUGGUGGUGGUACACUAACAAAAGAGGAGACUCUCAGACUUGCAGAUCUGGAAAAGAGAGCAGUGAAUGACAUGUUUGUCAUACUGUCUGACAUUUGGCUGGAUAAUGAAGAGGUCAUGGAAAAGCUGGAGACUGUCCUUAAUGGAUUUGAGAGUGUGGAAAUUGUUCCUUCCUUAUUUGUUUUGAUGGGAAACUUUUGUUCUCACCCAUGUAACCUCUCCUUUCAUUCUUUUUCAAGUCUCAGAUUGCAAUUUGGCAAAUUAGGCCGAAUGAUUGAAGCCCAUCCACGGCUUAAAGAGCAGAGUCGGUUUCUGUUCAUUCCAGGUCCUGAUGAUGCAGGUCCAUCAACGGCUCUACCCAGGUGUGCUUUACCAAAAUAUCUAACUGAAGAGCUCCAGAAGCAUGCUCCAAAUGCCAUAUUUUCUACUAAUCCGUGCAGAAUAAAGUUCUACACCCAGGAAAUCGUCUUCUUUCGUCAAGAUCUGCUGUAUAGGAUGCGUCGUUCCUGUUUGAUUCCCCCUUCUACUGAAGAAACGGAUGAUCCUUUUGAACAUCUUGUUGCAACCAUAACCCAUCAAAGUCAUCUCUGCCCACUCCCUCUCUUUGUACAACCCAUUAUUUGGAAUUAUGACCAUUGUCUCCAUCUAUAUCCGACUCCACAUACGAUCAUUUUGGGUGAUAGAAGUGAGCAGAAGGCAUUCAAAUACACUGGAAUUACUUGCUUUAAUCCAGGUUCCUUCUCAGAUGAUAGCACAUUUGUUGCAUAUCGUCCCUGCACUCAGGAAGUUGAGUUUUCAGCCUUGUGAGUUUCAAAAGUUUCCUUUAGAAUGCAGAGAAUUGAACAUGCGAAAAAAGAACUGCUAUCUUUUUUCGUUGUAGUAGAACUUGCAGAUUAACCUGUCCACUUGUCUUUCUGUUGUAAAGUAAUCUCCGUAGUUUUGGUGGAUGCAUAUUACAUCCAUUGCCAAAAUAGAAGAAAAUUGCAUUGUUAUUAGUCAAACUUUGCCUAGUGAAUAUUUUUUAUGUUAGUCAACAUCUACCGCUCUAUAUGCACUUCAAUAAAUUGUGGAAUUGAAUAUGGAAACUUCUAUUAAGCUUUUGCUGCAAAAUAAUUAUUUCACAUGUAA